AUGGGUUCUGGGGGAAGCCCCAUAAACUCGAGUAAUUACAACAUAGUUAAUCAUUUAGACAUAGCUCCUAAACAUGCAAGCGUACUUAUGGGAAUAGGAAACACUAUUGCCACUUUGCCUGGCAUUGUUAGUCCAAUUAUCACUGGAUAUAUUGUUCAGAACAAGAGUCCUGGAGAAUGGCGCACAGUCUUUAUAAUUGCUGGCGCAGUAUAUUUACUAGGAGCUUUAAUAUAUGGUUUGUAUGCGUCUGGUGAGAAACAAAGUUGGGCAGACGAUGAUCAGAAAACAGAGGAAGACACAAAACGGUCUUACGACAAUCCCGCGAUGGAAAUAGAUAAUUUAUAACAAAAAGAUCGAAUUUUCUAACAUUUGAACAUUUAUUCCAACAAGUACAUAUCAUUUUCAAUAUGUACUUGGUUUACGCAUAAUUAGAAUAAACU